GUUUCGGUGACGCUAGUCAGCAAGCCGCUUUUGACUGUCCUCCGACUACGCUUCUCUUUUGUCUCCUUCCGUCCGUUUCGACCAUCCUCGAAACCCAUUACUGCAUCAGCCCCGCCGGUGACAGUGGUGGUGGAGGAUUACCUGCAAACCGUUGACACCGACAAGGUUUCUCAAGCCCUAGCGGCUGUGGAUCUCGGCCCAGACUACCUGCCACGCGCGGUCAAGCGCAUUUGGAAGGAUCUGGACUGUUUUGUGUAUCCUGACUCCACCUUGUAA